AUGGAUAUGCUGGAUUUUCUUGAUCUGUCUCAUAACCAGCUCUCUGGCAAGAUACCUACAAGUCUGGCAGAAAUACACACGCUUGGUUUUCUUGAUUUGUCGAACAACAAUUUGUCUGGAAAAAUUCCAACGGGUACUCAACUUCAGAGCUUCAAUGCAUCGGCUUAUGCUGAUAAUGAUGGACUAUGUGGCGACCCACUGCCAAAAUGCCCUGGAGAUAGCUUGAGGCCAUCCACCAAUAAUCCACGGGAAAACAUGAAUGAGAACGACGACAACAACCUCUCACUUAUGCAAGAAGUUGCCAUAUCAAUAGGCUUUGGUUUUAUCUUUGGAUUUUGGGGAGUUGUUGGCUCUUUUCUACUAAAGAAAUCAUGGAGAACUGCAUUCUUCAACUUACUUGAUGCAGCUGGAGAUUGGGUCUACGUCAGGAUUGCUGUGUUUGUAUCCAAAUGCAAACGAGGCUGA